AUGCGUUCUCAUCAUAUUGACCUUAAACCUAAAAAACAUCACUCAUCGAAAACGAAUCAUCAUCAUUCACAUUCACAAAAUCGAUUUAUAACCGGUAACGUUCUUAAUACUGAUCCCCACCUUGGUGCAACAAAUGGUUCUGGCUUCGUUCCAAAUUUAUCCUCAAAGAAAACUACGAGCGAACGAGACUUUGAACGAAUAAGACUAAAGCAAGAACAGGAACGUCGUUAUAAACUUUGUGCUGAACAUGAAAAAUCAUUAAGAGAAAGGACCAAUCGACAAUCUUCUUUAAAACAAAGUCAAAAUAACGAUGCUUUGAAAAAAUUUUACGAAAAUAAAGCCAGAGAAUUUGGAUUAAUGAAUUGUACUAGAAAUCAACAAUCUUCAAAGGCUCCUUCUUUUUCUAAAAAUUUACCUGAAAAUUCUGAACCAUCACUACAAAUAAGAUCGACCCCUAAAAAAAAUGAUUCAAGGAGUGCUCGUGAUUUAGUUGAAAGAAUAAAAUCUGGGUAUAAGAUUGUGAAGUUUAUUAAAUAUCAUAUUACAAGACUAAAAACUCAACGAAUCCUUUCAAAACUCUGCAAACUUCGAACGUUUGAGAAUCAUCUCAUAUCUCUCAAGUCCACUAAUAAUAAUGAUAUAAAUUCCCUCAAAGAUCCUAUUCUCAAAAUUUUAGAACAAUUGGACCAAAUAAGUAGUGGUGAUUCGGAAGUUGUUAUUGCAAGAAAAAAUCAAAUUGUAAAAAUGGCUCAAAAUAUGAUGGGUUCGCUGAAUGAAAAAUGUUUAAAUAUUAAUUAUUCGUUAGAUGUUUAUUAA